UAAGACCAGACGGUACCCAGCGAGUUCAUAGUGGCUGGCACAACGAUGACUGUUUGACUGCAUACCGAGAAAAGGCGAACGUACAGUCACUGCGCACCCGAAAGAGCCACGGACUGAUGUUUUAUGGAUGUUAAUAUGUUGUAGCAGAAUGGAAUUACCAGCACAGACUUGUUCAGAGUGGCACUGCAUUAGGACGCUGCUCUGUUUCAGCCCUCAGAACAAGGAGCCGUAAACUCCAUGCAUCACGUGAAGUUCCCUACUCUCCAGAAACUGCAAAUUGCACUCAAAAAGAGACACUGAAAGGGCAGACAUGUUUGCCAAGUUGAAGAAGAAGAUCGCUGAAGAGGCGGCCACAGCACCUCGGAGUGGUGUUCGUAUACCACGCACCAUCAGCAAGGAAUCCAUCACCUCAGUCGGCGCAGAUUCAGGGGACGACUUUGCAUCUGAUGGCAGCAGCUCCAGGGAUGACCUGCCUGCCCAGCUCCUCAGAAGGAAUGAUCAGAUCCGGAAGCUAGAGGCCAAGCUAUCAGACUACGCUGAGCAGCUACGAAUUAUGCAGAAGACCAAGGACAAGCUUGAAAUUGCAUUAGAAAAGCAUCAGGAUUCAUCGAUAAAGAAACUUCAAGACCAGAAUGAGUCUCACCAGGCCAACAGAACAAAAAUGGCAGAGGCGAUGACUUUAGCACUGGAAAAGAAGGAUCAGGAAUGGAUGGAGAAGAUGGCUGUUGCGGAAAAGGAAAAGGCUUCCCUGUCAGCCCGGAUAGAGGAAAUGAUGGAGCAAAGCUUAGCACUCUUCCAGAAAAGAGAUGACCUGGAUGAACUGGAGGGCUUUCAGCAGCAGGAGCUUGCUAAAGUUAAGCACAUGUUGCUGAAAAAGGAGGAGCAGUUGAGCCAGCGGGAGCGGGAACUCCAGCAGAAGGAGGCUGAAGUUCAGUCAGCAAAGCGAGGGCUGUCUGAGACUCGAGGGAAACUCCAGGCCCUGAAACAGCAGCAUGAGGAGAGCUGCAGACUCAAUUCUGAGUUUGAAAUAGAGCGAGAAGAACUCCUGCUGCUGAGAGAGGAGGCAGACACAAAGAUCAGUGAGCUGGAGGGACAAUGUCAAGAGCUGCAGUCAGUCAUCCAGCAGGUCUCUGAAGACUUCCAGAAAUCACAGAGUAUGGCGUCAACUUUAGAGAGGUCCCUCCAGGAAAUACAGACCGAAUAUGACGCCCUGAAGUUGCAACAACAAAAGGCUGCUGUAACGGAGGAGGACAAGGAGCGCUUGUUAAUGGACCUUCAGAAGAAAGUGGCGUCUCUGGAGAGACGGCUCCAGGGAAACCUGAGCCAGGACGAGCAUCUACAGGAGCUUCUCCUGGAGAAGUCCAGCCUGGAGCAAAGUCUUGAAGAGACCAGAGCAGAGUUGCUGACGGUUCGGACAAACCAUGCCGAUACUGUCAGCUCUCUGGAGGCUCAGGUAUCCAGAAUGAGCUGCAGCAUUACUGAGCUACAGACCCUUCUCCGACACAAAGAUGACUCCUCCAGAGCCUACAGAGAGAGAACAGACACACAAAUUGCUAAUCUGGAGCAGCAGGUCCUAGACAGCAGUGAGAGACUGAAGAGUGCAGAGCUGCAGAUCACAGAGAAACAGCAGCACAUGGAUAAACUGCAAGGAGAGUGGAAUGCAGAGAAGGCAUUUCUGGAUCAGCAGGUAUGUUUGUUGGAGCAGCAAAACCAGGAGAAAGCCAGUCGACUGGAGGAAAGCUUCACCUCUCUACAGACAGACAGACAGAUGCUGCAGGACAGGGUGGCUGAUCUGGACAAGCAGAUGAGCGAAGCAAACUCCACUCUGAGGCAGCAGACAGAGGAGCUGGAACAGUGCAGGGCGGAGCUGGACAACCGGCAGACAGUGAGCACGGAAAUCGCCAAAGCUCUAGAAGAAACCAGACAACAGAAGGAGGAGCUGCAGUCACAGGUUGGAGAGCUGACCUCAUCUCUACAGAGCUCACAGCAGGAACUGUCCACAGUCACUGAGAAGCUAGCACUGAGAGAGGAAGACAUCAAAACACUUCAGAAUGAGGUGCAGCAGCGGCAGGCAACGCUGGUCCAGCUGCAGGAGGAGGUGGAGCAGCAGAGAGCCCAGCUGGAGCAGCUGGCACUGGACAAAGACUCCCAGCUGAUCAGCCUGAGGGAGGAGCUGCUCAGCCAGACACAGCAGCUAGAUAGCUGCCAGGCACGGAUUUCAUACCUGGAGGUGGAGGUGGAAACGUUGACUGAGCAGCUUCACAGCCCUGAAGUGUGUGAGGAGGAUCAGAAUGGCAGUGUGACAGUGGACGAUCUGGAUCACAUUCAGAAGGUCAACAGAGAGCUGGAGCAGCAGCUCAGUGACAAGAACAGGACUAUCAAGCAGCUGCAACAGAGACUGGCAGAACUGAAGAGGACGCUACAGAAGGAACUGAAGCUCAAGCCUGAGCCAGAAGCUGAAGGGAAGGAGAAGUUGCCAGAAAGUCGUGUAGAAAAACAAGAGAGGGUUAGUCCAGACCCGCCGCCAGCAUCCACCCCGAGCCCCCCCACUUCCAACACCACGGUGACCAAUACCUCAGACCUCAACGACUCAAGAGAAAUCAACUUUGAGUAUCUCAAACAUGUCGUCCUCAAGUUUAUGUCAUCCAGAGAUGCUGAGGCAUACCAGCUAAUACGAGCUGUGUCUGUGCUGCUGAACUUCACUCGUGAGGAAGAGGACAUGUUGAAACAAACUCUGGAGUACAAGAAUGUAUCCUUGUGUUCUAGAUGUCCUGGUUUGGAUCCAAGCCUUCUCCAAAGGGGAUCAUCCGGCCUUCAGUCUCAGGCACUUCAACUCACUGGAGCUAAUGAGCAGCAGAAAGGACUAAAGGACCACGUCUUUGGAAAAACACGUUUCUCUGUGGUCCCCAGCAUUGAGCAGGACUCUAGCUUUAAACUUUGAACAGCCUCCCACAGUUUUCUGUGCUCUGUGUGGGGAGGACUGCUGUUUUCCGCUCUGUGGGGACGGAGAAGGGCUGCACAGUAUGUUUGCGGGAUUAAGGCCUAUUCUUAAUCAGUUGUUGAUUUUAAAAUUAUAUUGUGUUCUUUUGAAUGGGCAGGCGGACUUCUGACUAAAUGUUAUAGAGGGUAAACUGACAGACACAUCAUUCACACUGGACUUUUACGUGUCUCAUUUCUCUUCCCUGACAUAUGAUUCAGAUUCUAAUGAAGGUGAGAUAGCAUGCAAGAAAAUGAGAGACAACAUUAGAAAACAAUCACAGACUGACUUGUUAUUUUAGAACUGCCUCAUUCUGCCCAGAUUCAAACUCCAAGCCACGUGUUUUAGUUGGAAUAAAAAUCAGUGACUUGUUGUGGCUGUCUUCACUGGACUAACUAACUGUUCAUCUUUAAGGGGCUUCUUAAUGCAAACUUGUCAUUUAUUGACCUGUGCAGGAUAUCCAUGAUACCUAACAUUCAUGAUCCCAUUGAAAGAUAUGUUUGUGUCUGCCAUGUUGUCCAGUGAAGGUAAUCCAGGCUGGCACUCCCAAUUUCCAGAAUUUUCUUGAGAAAUGAGAAUGCUGAAAUUUUACUGUUUGUGACUGACGGUUAAUAGUUACUCAUGAUUAACUGUGUCGAAAUUGAAAUGAUAAAAAGUGAGUAGAGUGUGCAUCUUAACAAAACUUUAUUUUUCUCAUUUCUCUUUAGAAUAUAUAUUCAUCAUAUUUCUUCACACUAUAUCAUUAAAAUCACCAUUAUGAGAUGGUCUGAGCUAGAGCCUGAGGCCUAUACCAGUAUUACAGUGUAGUAAAUACAGAGUAAAAGAUUUUAUAACAAUAUGUUAUAGAAUUGUAAUUUCAUUAUUUUUUUUUACAUAUACACAUGAACAAUCCCUUCAAUUUGGUUAAGAAAUAAUUGGGACCAAGAUACCUACUGAGAGCAACAUAUAGGAGCGUAAACAUCAGCUUGUCAGUGCUCUCUGGUGGACGAACUUUGUAAUGGUGACACUGUUCUUUUUUUUUUUUUUUUUUUUAAAUCCUGAAAUCAUUCAACAUUUCUGUCCUUUCUUGUUACCCACCAGCAGACAUAAACAAACAGGCUGAUAUUGGCCGGGCUGUAGUUCUACAAGUCAUUUAAAUGGGUAUCAAAACCUACGACUACUACUUGGCCAUGACUGUUAUUAUUACUAUGAGCUGAGCCUCCCAGCAGACCAUCCUUCUGCUGUCACCUGGAUUGGCAGACCCUAAUCUAACCAUGGCCCUGCACUAAACCACCUAUAAGAGAAAACUUGAAGUGCUUGUUGUGGGAUCAUGUAUGGAAUAUGUAUCUUGGAAGUACUUGCCAUGGAGGCUCAGGUCAGGGUAAAAAAAAAAAAAAAGAAAAGUCUUUUCAACUGCUGCAACUGGAGGAACAACAUGUCUGCCACAGCAGAUACAGUCCACACACAGACUCUUUGAGGUCCUUUAAUGUCAAUAUGAAUCAUGUAAAGUGCAGUUGUCCAUUUGGAUGAUAAUGUGAUGAAAGAAGUGAAUGCUAUGUCGAAGACGACUGGGGAACAUGCUCUACCUUUACCUGCCUUUGCUAAUGUAAAUGAAAGUACAUUCCACAUGUCUAUUUAUAUAUAGAAUAUGUACACACUGUAUGCAAUGAGAACUUUAUAAAUCAGUUGAUGUAAAUGGUUUGAUGUGACCAGUUUGUAGUAUUUAUCAUCAUCAUCAACCACUACUGAUAUCUGUCUCUGCCUUGGCUUGUCACUUGUCCUACUGCCCAUCACUAUCCUUCUUCCCUCAGUGUAAUGUUCAUCACAACAUACAUGAUGAGGUUUAUUUUUCCAUCAGUGGCAAGCCCAGGGAAUAUGCAUGCCUGCUGUUAAAAUGCAUUGUUGAAUCCCUGAAGCAAACUGGUCAGUCUUUUACAAUGAUCUUCAUUUCUGAAGGCCAGGGGAUUCUGCAUUUGUAUUCAUUCCAGUAAAAUGCAUACAAUAUGAAGCUGAAAUACAUUUGGGUGCUAUCUGCAUCAGAUGAUCAGUCACAGUAAAGAAAACAGUCAUUUUAAGUCAAGUUGUUGUUUUUCUGGUGUUUGACGUUGUAUUGCUGAGUACAUUUUUUGUAUAUGUGGAUGCAGGAGUACGUCUGAUCGCAGAACUGUCAUCUUGUGGUACCAAUGACAGGCAGCAAAGUGAUGUCUUCACCCACACUCUGCUGAGUAAUACUGUAUGUCUCCAUGAGAAUCAAAAGAAACAUUGAAUGCACUUUUUAAACCCUGGAACACAACUGUUCAAUCACUACGGCUUUCCUGUCUUUUGCUUUUUAUAAUUUAGCAAUAGAUGCCCAUACGAAUGUUUCCUUUUCCCACAUUUAUUAAUAAUAAAUCUGAAAUGAUA